CUUUGAAUUAGCCAACGUGCCAUUUUACGUUGCACUCCAGGGACUCACAAUUUGCACUCUCACGGAUCAUGUCCAUCACUAAUAUGAGCAGGCAAGAGGCAGACCCACUGUAAACUCAGCUCUAUCUACUGUGCAUGCUUUGGCUCAAUAGUGAUUCCCAUUUAGACCAAAAAGGCUUCAAAAAUGCACAAUGGAAGUGAAGAGCACCAGUCAUAUAUACAGUUAUUGAAAGAGACGAGCAGCAGCAGUCUUUCCAUGAAGCCUCUGGUGGUUACUGUAAAAACCCCAUAUACAGGUUUCUGCAGUGGAAUUAUUCUAAAACUUGGUUGGAUCUUCUGACAUGUAAUGUAAUGACAUAAAUAAAUAAUUAACUAUAGUAUCUGAUUUUAUUUCACAUAGUUUUUCAAUCAUUACAAAUGCUGACACUCAUUUCACUCCAUAUCUGAGAUUAUUAGCCCAACAUUUCUCUGCAUCAGGUGUGUGCUGCAGAGGUGUGAAGUUAAUUGGUUGCAUAUAUAACUGCUGUGAUUGGUUGGAGUAAUGUGGAUGUUAGGGAAUUAUCUCAAUUUCUGGACUGAAGUGCAGUGCAUGAGUCUAUGAAUAAAUGCAGGCCGUUUCACAAAUACCGUGUGAUGCACAAAUGAAUGUGCAUCUAGGUGGCUGGGUCUGUAUGAUUUCUGAGAAUUAAAAUGGGACUAGUGAUGUCAGCAGCUUAUUGGACACUUUGAGAAAAACAGGAUGUAGAGGCUUGUGUCUAAAGCGGCUAACAGGAACUUAAGACACACAGUAGGAACAGAAAAGUUUUACUAAGUAAUUUUUUUUAAUCACCACUUGUUUAUAGACCACGAUCAGAAAUGGCCAAACUCCUGAGCCUGUUUACAUUACAUCUACUGUUUGGUUUCUUUUGUCACAGUCUCUUUGAGAUCGCUUCAACUGAUCAUUUAUCUGUCCAUCCUGGAGAGAACAUCACCCUGCUCUGUAACAUCACUAAUUAUUCAGAGAUAUCGUGGUAUCAACUGAGAUCUGAGGAGGUGAAGCUGCUGAUAUCUGCUAAACAAGGGAACCUGGACAAAAGCUAUAUCCUCUCUUAUAAUGUGAACGAGAGUCACUUUGAUAUAACAGAAAGCAGCAGUUCAGUCAGUUUAGUGAUUAUUGGAGUUAGAGAGACAGAUCUGGGAUUUUAUUUCUGUGGAGGUCAAAACAGAAUGACACACAUUCAGUUUGGGAAACCCAUCAGACUGAACUUUACAGAUAACCAUGAGACUACUCAUGAGAAUAACUUGCCUAAGCCUCCAGAUACCCGGCAGUCUACAGAAGUGGAGCUCUGGAUUUCAAUGACUGUGUGUCUGGUUUCUGUCCUAAUGAACCUCAUCUUCAUGUGUGUGUUCUGCUGCAGGCUCAAAGGAAAGUCAGUAUCUUCAUGCAACUGUUGCAGAAACACCACAGAUGCCAAAAAGGAAGAAAAAAUUCAUUAUGCCAGCAUCCAGUACAAAAGAAGGUCCAGAGCAGCUGCUAAGAAAAACGCAGGAUCAGAUUCGGACAGUGUGACCUACGCAACAGUCGCCUCACAGCCACGGAGACACUGACCAGCACAAGGUGUCACAAAUUUAAUAUUACAUCAUAAAACCUGUCUCUCUUCUUAAUUUGUUUUGAAUAGGGAAUGGUGUUAAUGUAUUUCUGUGGACACAAAAUGAGCUAUUUUUAAAUAAAUACUUAGUAUAUUUGGAAUGAAUGUAUUAAUGUUACAAGAAUCAUCUAGAUAUUUAGAUAAAUAAAUACAAUUAUUUUUAAUGUUUGGGCAAAGUAGACAGCUCAUAAGGCCUAUGUAAGCCCUACCUCCUUCACUGAUAAAAAUUUCCAUAUGACCAAGAUGAAAAGUUGAGAUACUGGUGGAAAUAAAAUGGCAGUGAGAAACAAGUUGAUACGUACUACAAUGCUGCAUAAGAAACUGCUCUGUCUAUGUUAAAAGUAGGUAAACAUAACUGUUACAAACCUUUACUCCAACAUUAAAUUAAUAAUCUAUGUAAUGCCCAACCUGAGCGCUUGAUGUUAAUGUAUAUUAACAUGAAAAUGCACAAAUAAACUGAAGUGAGUUGAA